AUGUCCAUCAGCAGAGCUUGUUGCACUUUCCCUCCUGUCGUACCUCAUGGGUAUGAAGGGAAGGGCGAGUAUAUCACCCUAAAUGGCCUCAAGACAUACGUCACUGGCCCCGAAUCCGCAACCGAGGCCAUCCUCCUCAUCUACGAUAUCUUCGGCUUCUUCCCCCAAACCCUCCAAGGCGCCGACAUCCUCGCCCACUCCAGCCCAAAAAAAUACCGUGUCUUCAUCCCAGAUUUCUUCGAAGGAAACCCAGCAAACAUCUCCUGGUAUCCCCCCUCCACAAAAGAGCACGCCGACAGCCUAAACACCUUCUACGCAACCCAAGCCUCGCCCCAAAAGACCCUCUCCCAGAUCCCCGACAUCAUCAACGAAGCAAACCAAACAGGCGUCUUCGCAAAAUGGGCAAUUGUCGGCCAUUGCUGGGGCGGAAAGAUUGCUAGUCUAAGCGCAGGGAAGGAUAAUACUAUCUUUAAGGCUGCGGUGCAGUGUCAUCCUGCCAUGGUGGAUCCUGUCGAUGCUAAGGAUGUAAAUGUGCCCAUGGCUCUGCUUGCUUCUAAAGAUGAGCCUGCUGGGGAUAUUGCAGCUUUUGAGGCUAAUUUGAAAGUUCCGUGUUAUGUGGAGACUUUCUCGAGUCAGAUUCAUGGGUGGAUGGCGGCGCGUUCUAAUUUGAGUGAUACUCAUGUGCAGAAGGAGUAUGAGAGGGGGUAUCAGACUGUGUUGGGUUUUUUGGAGUUGAAUAUGUAA